AGGGGUAAUUCAGGUACGCGAUCAAACGCGCACAGUGAAACCCUAGAGUUGGGGUUUAAUUGCCCUCUCAAUUUCCUCCACAAAAAAGCAUCUUCAAUCACUCGAUCGAUUGAUUAUUAACGUAAUAUUCUAUCUCGAGAUUUGUGUUGGUGAAAUUUUGGGUGUUCUCUCUUCAACCGGGCUUCAUCGCCCAGUGCGCGUUCAAAUCCAUGGUCGUCAGUUUACGAUGGACCCCUCUUCUCAGAUUCAACAACAAGAAGACGAGUGGGACACUGAUGGAUUUGUGAUUCCAAGUUUGGGAAUUGGAGACUCUGAUCAAAGUAAACCUCAUGUUCCUAAUGUAGAAUCUUCGAAUUCUGCAUCAAAGGCGAAGAAGGAAGAGAACAUCUAUCUGGGCCCACACGGAGCACCUCCUUCACUAGCAAAACAGCAAGAACUAAAUUCUUCUAACCGGAAGCAGAGGCUGAAGCAAAAACUGAAAGAAGCUGACAAGAGAAAUGGUGGGACGGGUAGGGAGAACAAGGUGGAUAAUCUGAGGGAGCUUGUGGGUGGGGGCAAAGGAAGUCCGAACUCGGUAAAGGGAUCCCCCAGAGACUGGUUAGAUCCACAUUGCCAAGAAUCUCAGUUUGAGAGAAGGUAAUGCAUUGGAGAUUUUGGUGUCUGUCUUUGGACUAUUUUUUCUUGGAGAUUGUCCACUUUAGGCACCUUUUGUUAUACAGUUUGAUGCUCGAGACACCCAAUUUGGGAGGUUAUGUACCAUGAUAAUAAAUUUAUAACUUAGGGUAUGUUUGGAAAUGUGAUAGGGUGGUGUUGAAGAGAAGUUUUGUACUUUUCAAUUUAUUGUACGAAGGUUGAGUUGAAUGGCAUUGUAAUCCAAACACACUCUUAGAAGAUUGUAGUCCAAACACUCACUUAGAAGGUUGAGAUGGAUGGAAUUGUAAUCCAAUCACACUUAGUCGAUUGAUAAUAAAGAUCUUGUGCCGCACAGUAAACUGUA